GUGAUGUCAGCGGGCCGAAGGCACUUAGAGAGGUGAGCGGCAGCCGGCGGCUGGUGACUUGGAGACUGGGUUGGAGUAGGACCUGCAGCGCGCUUGGAGACGCCAACUUUCUACCUCUCUCGCGCUCUGGCCCGCGGGCCAUGCCCUGCAGACACUGAGUGGGCACUGCCCCAGGUCGGCUGGGGGAGGGCAAGGCUGCGCGCGGCACCGGUCAUGGGCAGCUUCCAGUUGGAAGACUUUGCAGCCGGCUGGAUCGGAGGUGCAGCCAGUGUCAUCGUUGGCCACCCUCUGGACACAGUCAAGGCUCGCCUGCAGGCUGGUGUCGGCUACGGGAGCACCCUCAGCUGUAUCCGCACCGUGUACAGACGGGAGAGUGUGCUCGGUUUCUUCAAGGGCAUGUCCUUCCCCCUGGCCAGCAUUGCCGUCUACAACUCAGUGGUGUUUGGAGUCUUCAGUAACACGCAGAGGUUCCUCAGCCAGCACCGCUGUGGGGAGCCCGAGGCCGGCCCUCCCCGAACGCUGCCAGACCUGCUCCUGGCCAGCAUGGUGGCUGGCGUGGUCUCCGUGGGGCUGGGUGGACCCGUGGACCUCAUCAAGAUCCGACUGCAGAUGCAAACACAGCCCUUUCAGGCAGCCACCCUCGGUUUGAAGUCCGGGGCAGCGGCUCUCGGGGAGCAGCCAGCAUACCAGGGACCUGUGCACUGCAUCACAACCAUCGUGAGGAGUGAGGGCCUGGCGGGGCUGUACCGGGGGGCCAGCGCCAUGCUGCUGAGGGACGUCCCAGGCUACUGCCUCUAUUUUGUCCCCUACGUGUUCCUGAGUGAGUGGAUCACACCCGAGGCCUGUGCAGGCCCCAGCCCCUGUGCCGUGUGGCUGGCAGGCGGCAUGGCAGGAGCAAUUUCUUGGGGGACAGCCACUCCUAUGGAUGUCGUGAAAAGUCGACUCCAAGCUGAUGGGGUUUACUUCAACAAAUACAAAGGUGUCCUAGACUGUAUCUCCCAGAGUUACAAGAAGGAAGGCCUUAAAGUGUUUUUCAGAGGCAUCACCGUGAACGCUGUGCGGGGAUUCCCCAUGAGCGCGGCCAUGUUCCUCGGGUAUGAGCUGUCGCUGCAGGCUAUCCGCAGGGACCAGGCGGUGACCAACCCGUGAGCACAGGGCCAGUGUCACCUGACCAGAGCCUCAUUCCACUGGAGGCCAAUGCUGAGGGUGUCUCCAGAACCCGUCGUAAUGAAUUUAGUGAAGAGAAAGGACUUCUCUCCUGGGCUCUGUGCCAGCGGGCCUGCAGCCAAGUGCACUCCCUGGGAAUUCCUUCCUUCCUUCCUCAUUUGCCAAGCACUCUGUCCCCACCCGGCCAGGGCUGCCGAGCUGCUAUAAGGACCGCUGGGCCAUCGAUCACCAUCUAUUUCAGCUCUGGACUAGCAUGGGGCAAAAAACGGGAUAAAACAGACCCUGCCCCCAUGGCCAGUGUAAAUUCAUUGGGAAUUCACAGAGGGGCGGAAGUUGGCUGUACAUUUCCAAAUAAAAGCACUGAAAAAG